AAGUACACUGAAGAGGAAAGAUCACUUCUCUGUAAGAAACGUGCCAGCGCUACAUCAUCCUAAAAUCUUCAAAGUACUCACUGCUGAGAUAGGAGAUGCGUUGGAUCAAGAAAGCUGUUGUUAAGGUCUGAUAUAAGAGGCUAGUGGACAAAAUUAAAGAACGCACGAUUGGAGUAAUAUACUCGCACAGGCUGAGUAAGGAGAGAGAGGAAAGAUUUAAAAGGGACCUGCAGAACAACAUUUUCAGUCAGAGGAUGGUCCGCAUAUGGAACGAGCUGCCAGAGGAAGUGUUAGAGUUUUGGAAAUGAAUUUCACCGUCGAUUUGCAGUGUGAGAAGAACAACCAUGAGCACAAGACCAUUGAAAUCAGCACUGAGCGGCUGAUAGUCAGGCGGGGACAGCCUUUCCAUCUCAUACUGCAAUCUUACAGUGAUCAAUUUAUUGACAAUGGCACAGUGGUAAUCUGUGCUGAGACAGGGCCAAAACCUUCAACAGCAUUUGGAACCAAAAUCCUGCUUGAAUUAAAUUCAUACGGUGUAAACCUUUGGAAAGCAGUUGUUGUUUCUAGCACCGGAACCAGAAUGACCUUGCAGAUAUGUCCAUCUCCAAAUGCCAAGAUUGGAAAAUAUAAAUUGUCUCUUCAAAGAAUGAUGGGAAAUGAUGAGAAUUACUUACUUGGGGAGUUCAUCCUCCUCUUCAAUCCAUGGUGCAAAGAGGAUACAGUCUUUUUGGAUAAUGAACAACAACGUCAGGAAUAUGUGAUGAAUGAAGAGGGAAUCAUCUACACUGGUUCUAGUCAUUGUAUUCAAUCACGAGCAUGGUACUUUGGACAGUUUGCAGACAAUAUCCUAGAUGUCUGUCUUAAAUUGAUGGACAAUAAUAACAAAUGCCUGUCAUGCCCAGAAAAAGACUAUGUACGCAGAAAUGACCCUACUUAUAUCAGUAGAAUGGUGUCAGCAAUGGUAAAUUCUUGUGAUGACAAAGGUAUACUUGAAGGCAGAUGGAGUGCACCAUAUUGUGGAGGGACAUGCCCGUGGAAUUGGAAUGGAAGUGUUGCCAUCCUUACAGAAUGGAACGAUCGUGGUUGUAAGAAAGUUCAGUUUGGACAGUGCUGGGUGUUUGCAGCAGUUGCCUGCACAGUUUUGAGAUGCUUAGGAAUUCCAACUCGUGUUGUCACAAACUUUAAUUCUGCUCAUGACAGCAAUGGGAAUUUAACAAUCGAUAAAGUGUGUGAUGAAUAUGGGAGAGACCUUGGAGGCCCAGGUGAUAGCAUCUGGAACUUCCAUGUCUGGAUAGAGAGUUGGAUGGCACGAAAUGAUCUGGUGGCAGGUUAUGAUGGUUGGCAGGUAUUGGACCCAACCCCACAGGAGAAAAGUGAAGGAAUUUAUUGCUGUGGACCAGCUCCUGUCAAAGCAGUCAAAGAAGGAUUCGUGGAUUUGAAGUUUGACAUUCCCUUUGUCUUUGCUGAGGUCAAUGCAGAUCAAGUAACUUGGAUCCAAUGUAGAGAUGGCAGAAAAGAAAAGAUGCAUGUUGAAACACAGCAUGUGGGUCAGAAUAUCAGCACUAAGAGGUGUGGCAGACCCGAUCGUGAAGAUAUUACAGACAAUUACAAAUACCGCGAAGGGUCUUUUCAAGAAAGAGCCAUUGUUUCUGAAGCUGACCUCAGAAAUAGACAUACUCCUCUGCAACCAAGAAAAUUAUUGGUCAAUGUGAAGGCUGAGGAAUCAAUACCUAAUGGAUCUGACAUUAAUGUCUGCAUAACCAUCUCCAACAACAGUUCAACUACAAUGUUCUGCAAUCUUAACUUCAUUGCUCAAAUAAUGAAUUAUAAUGGAAGGUCACUGCACCAAAUUGCAGAGAAGCAUUUUGAUAAAAUUGUUGUUCAAGGCAACAGAGAUGAGAAGGUGGUUCUACAAAUACCUUGCUCAGACUAUGCUGAUUAUAUUGAAAAUCACCAUUUGAUCAAGCUGACUGCUUUGGCAAAUGACUCAGUCACACACACAAGUGCUUUGGGAACGAAAGAUCUUUCUGUGAUCAAUCCUGAUAUUGAUAUUCAGCUCCUGGGUACUCCUAUUUUGAACAGACCGAUGAAAGCAGAAAUAAUUUUGACAAACCCUCUGAGAAUUUCAUUGUACCAAUGCGUUUUCACUGUGGAAGGAUUAGGUCUAAUUCAUGGCAUGCAUCAGACAAGAGUUCAUGAGAUAGGGCCAAAACAAACACUCAGACUACAACUUGAAUUCACUCCAACGAAACCUGGCCCACGGAAGUUAAUGGUCGAUUUUGACUCUGCCAAGUUGAAAGAUGUGAAAGGAUUCAAAAACAUGACUGUCCAAGGAUAUUUAAUGUGAUUUACUUCUCACCUACUCUGUUGCAUAUUUUGUGCUGUUUCAUGAUGUAACUUCAUUUUUUUUAGUAUUCUGUGCAAUCAGAAAUGCUUUGUCAACUAAAUUAGUCAACUGUCAGAACAAUAUAUAUCUCCAGGUUCACUCAUGAUUGUGCAUUUUUAAAAUGGUUAAUCUAUGAAAUAUUUUGGCAGAAUUUAGUCACCAUCAUAGCCACUUUCAAAGUAAAAACUAAAAUAUUCAAGAUGGGCCAUACUGGAGAAGACUCUGCUGCACUUGAUGACAAUCAAUAAUUUGAGAACAUAUCUUUCAUCAAACUGUUCAGAGACACUAUUAUACACGAUUGAAGCAGGUGGGACAUCAAGCCAGGUCACCAGACUCAGAGGCAGGGACUCUACCACUGCAAAACCGUCCCUCAGGCUUUUUUUUGGUAUUUUCUAAUCGACCUGUUCAGAGGUAUUCUUACAUACCACUGAGGCAGGUGGGAUUUGAACCCAGUUCUCCUGGCGCAGAUAGAACAUAGAACAUAGAAGGAUACAGCGCAGUACAGGCCCUUCGGCCCUCGAUGUUGCGCCGACCGAAUCCUACCUAACCUAUACUAGCCCAAUAACUUCCAAAUGCCUAUCCAAUGCCCGCUUAAAUGACCAUAAAGAAGGAGAGUUCACCACUGAUACGGGCAGGGCAUUCCAUGAACUCACAACCCGCUGUGUGAAGAAUCUACCCCUAACAUCUGUCCUAUACCUACCACCCCUUAAUUUAAAGCUAUGUCCCCUAGUAACACCUGACUCCAUUAGCGGUAAAAGGUUCUUAGUAUCUACCCUAUCUAAACCCCUAAUCAUCUUAUACACUUCUAUCAGAUCUCCCCUAAACCUUCUCUUCUCCAAUGAGAACAGCCCCAAGUGCCUCAGCCUUUCCUCAUAAGAUUUUCCUACCAUUCCAGGCAACAUCCUGGUAAACCUCCUCUGCACUCGUUCUAAAGCUUCCACAUCCUUCCUAUAGUAUGGCGACCAAAACUGCACACAAUACUCCAGAUGAGGCCUCACCAGAGUCUUAUACAACUGCAACAUGACCUCAGGACUCCGGAACUCAAUUCCUCUGCCAAUAAAGCCCAGUACACCAUAUGCCUUCCUCACAGCACUAUUUACCUGGGUGGCAACUUUCAGAGAUCAGUGUACAUAGACACCAAGAUCCCUCUGCUCAUCCACACUACCAAGUAGCCUACCAUUAGCCCAGUAAUCCAUCAUCUUGUUAUUCCUACCAAAGUGAACGACUUCGCACUUAGCUACAUUGAUUUUCAUUUGCCACAUUUCCGCCCAGCUCUGCAACUUAUCUAUAUCCCGCUGUAACCUACCACUUCCUUCCUCACUAUCCACAACUCCACCGACUUUUGUGUCAUCCGCAAACUUGCUUACCCAGCUUUCAAGUCCUUCCUCUAGAUCAUUUAUAAAGAUAACAAAAAGCAAUGGUCCCAAAACAGAUCCUUGUAGAGAUAAUACCACUGUACCACAAGACCCCUCAGUGAUUUCAGAAUGGUUGGGCCACCAUCUCAAACAGUCGUUAGUCUUCUUAAAUCUGCUAAUCAGUGGUCCAACAUCUUAUUUUGGACCUGAUGACAAAAUUGAGUUUAAAAAGGUGGCAGUUUUUCUGAGUUUUAUCGCUGCUUAGUCAGCGAUUCUUGAAGAGAACUGUUGAAGACCAGCAAAAAGUCAUCUUACUAUGGAAUGAGAGGAAAACAAAUUCUCCUCCUUCCUCCAGUUAAGUAUGCUUGUUUGCCAUUGUUCCCUUUUCCGGGCUUAAACCAUGGAUGCCUGAGCUAGUCAAUUUCAAACAGGGUCAUUGAGUGUACUAUUAGGACACCCAAAACUUGCCAAUAUUAGAUGAACACCAGUGCCUAACUUCUGGGAAGCCUCUGGCCUUCAUUUUCAAACCACGUUGUCAAUACUGUGUCCCGGUUUUAAACGUGGGAACAAUUUCUUAGCAGCACAUUUUAAAACAUACUUAUGACAGAACAUUUUACAGAAAGGUCUCCACUCAUUCAGAAUCUAAAUUCUUGUUUCUCUGACAUGGUAUGGGUAAAGAGGUAACUAAUAUGAUUAUAUGUAGGGGCAUAAAAUGUGAUCAGGAAGCAUUGUUUAUGCAAAUAUUUAGAAAUUUUAUCUUGAUAUUUAGAAGCCUUUUUCUUACUAGCAAAAUGGAUGAGAUUACACUGAAACCUGGUGCAGUAUGCACCAAUAGAAGAACAAAGUGUCGAGGGAGAUCGCAAUGCUUGCCACAAACCAUGAGGUUCCACGACAUGCCGUUUGUAUCAUGGCCUCUGGUUUGAUCAAAAAGUGAUUCAUUUUCUUGUAAUCAUGUCUCCAAAUGUAUCUUUUAACUUGAACUCCAUGAAUUCAUAUGUUUCUGAUAUGAUUAUUGUUUACUACUGUUUUCAGGUACUGGGUACAUGCCAUUGAUUAUAUUGGGUGAAGAAAAUAAAAUAAACUUGCAUGAAUGAA